AGAGGUCAGGAAGAACACCAUGAAGGGGGGAAACGACUCCUAUUAUGAGGAGUUCUUCAAAGAGUAACGGAAAAUACAGACUUAGAUAUUCCCAAAACAGCAGAAUGUCAACAUCCAGGCCUCUCCUCGGGAUGAGACGGAUCACCGAGGAAACCUGCGCGGAACCUCCGGGAAACCGACGCUCUCCCUCCGCUAACAAACCACAGUCCGAUUUGCUGACUGUAGAUGAGUUUACGGUGCCAGAAGAUAAGGAGGCCGAUCUGAAAUGUGCCAAGCCCCGAGUAGAGCAAGUUUUCCAAGUGGCUUUUACAAUUAUCGGUCUUUUGGACUACACCGGAGCCCACGGAAGUAAAGCUUCAAGGCAGAUUUGGCUGCAGCUAAAGGGGAAGAAGGAGGAUGUGUCGAAGGCAAAGGAAUAUGUUAAGGGUUUGUGUGAUCCUGAGUUGCAGGAAGAGGAACGCUACCCCACAGACAUGCACUGCAUUUUUGCCGGCGCCCGCGGCCUCUUCCUGGACCGGUUGCUAAGAGACACCAGCGCCGAGGUUCAGGUUCUGGAGCCGGGCCUCCUGAGGCUUUUGGGACGUGCAGAAUCAGUUGUCAUGGCGCAAAGCAGAGUUCAGCAGUUUGUCGCGUUAUUCCAGGAAAAACGCAGCUUGCCCGCAGAAAGAGAAUCGGCGGUCAAACGGACCUUUAAGACGUUUGUGGAGGACCGGGCGGAUAAAUACGCCAUGGAACUGCUCCUGCUGCCCAGUGCGCUGAAGGAGGAGCUCUUGGGACUAGCUCAAAGUCCCACACAGCCUGGUGGGACUGUAGACUUGGAGCAGGACCGUUCUCAGACUAGCACACCAGUCACUGAUCUCUCCAACCGCAUCUUAGACACCACCUUCGAGGAGAGGCCUACUCUCCCACCACCCCCACCUGACGUGAUCCUCAACGGACGACCUUCUUACAAGCGCCGGUCGUCCGAGAGUGAACUUAGAGACACUAAGAGGCAGUACUCGCUGGAGCGGCGGGAGGGAGAGCAGGAGAGGGAGCAGAGACAUCAUCGCGAUGGCAGUCAAACGCGUGCCAAAACGCCGGGAGUCAAGCCAGACACUGCCACGAUGGCACUACAGGACCCCCGCGAGGGAUCAGAGGACGGUGAAGCAGUCAGUCCUGAGACGAACCUGCGCUGCUUGGUCAACUUCUUCAGGACCAUGGGUUACCAGCAGGAGGUGGUGGAGAAGGUGAUACGUGAGACAGGACAGACAGAGGACACGUUUCUUCUACUUGAGCGAAUCGAAGAGGAGAUCAAACGGAGUCAUGGAGGAGCGCGCGGCUCCACCCGUACACCUGACCCCUCGUCCUCCUCUUCCGCCUCCAGCACCAUCUCAUCGUCCACAAGGCCCAGAGAAAGAGACAAGGUACAGAACAGAGCUCUAGCAGACAUCAAAUUGAAAGAGAACAUUAAGCCCCCCAGCAGUAAUGGAUUGGCCCAGAAGAGCCCGGCCAGCAGCAGAGUGCUGCUUCCAACCACGCUGAAGAGGAGCAAUGGACUACAGAAUGACAUUUACGAGGUCAUCACCAUCGAUGACGGCAAUGACACUAUGGAAAGCGUAUCCGAAGCCAAGUCCCGGACAGUGGGGCCUCUGGACUUUAAAACAGACCCCAAGAUGGACUACCUUCCACGGGGAGGCAGUCAGACGAUGGGUCCACUGAGGAUGGAGACUGUAACAGCCCUCAGGAGCGCCUCCUCCCAGGGACUCCCUAUAGCCCCAGAGACACGACCUGGCUGCUCAUACCAGACCUUGUCUGGUAGAGUACCCUUGCCCCGCACUGAACCUCCAGCACCCCCGAAACCCGCACCCCUCACAGGGGUCUACCGCUUCCAGCAGUCCCUGCUGACACCGUAUCGGCUCGUGCUGCCAAAUGAGCCCGGCAACCCAGAAUUACGGCACAUCGUCAUCGACGGGAGCAACGUGGCUAUGGCACACGGGCUCAAUCGCAUUUUCUCCUGCCGGGGAAUAGCAAUCGCCGUGGAGGCAUUUUGGAGACGAGGCCAUCGGGAGAUCACCGUAUUCGUGCCACAGUGGAGACAGAAGAGAGAUCCUAACAUCACAGAGCAACACUUUCUGAAUGAGCUGGAAGACUUGCGUCUGCUCUCCUUCACACCCUCCAGAGAAGUGUGUGGACAGAGGAUCUCCUCCCAUGACGACAGGUUUCUACUGCAUCUGGCUGAGAAAACAGGGGGUGUCAUCGUAACCAAUGACAACCUGAGGGAGUUUGUGACCCAGUCAGACGCUUGGAAAAGAAUCAUUCAAGAGAGACUCCUACAGUUCACCUUUGUUGAAGAUCACUUUAUGAUCCCAGAUGACCCAUUGGGAAAGCACGGGCCACCGCUGGAGGUAUUCUUACGGAAAGAUCACAGAGACAGCAGACACACUCCAGUUACCCCAUCACUGCGAUCAGACCUCCGCACCACCCAUCCAGCCUACGUCCAAGCCCUCCAGUCCACAGCUCACUCCCCCUUUCCGCCGCAGUCCAAACCGCCGUCGCACUGGCCUCACUCCGGCCCCCCCGACUGGCACCCCCCUCGCCCCUCCUCUUCGCCGCCCCCUCAGCGCUCGCCAGCGGAGACCAGCGAACUAAAGAGGAAGCUUUACGACAUUUUUCCCGACCAAAAGCAACGCAUCGACCGCAUUCUAAAUGACAACCCUUACAUGAGAGACCUCAACGCACUGUCAGGCCUGCUGCUUGGAUGAGCGCACACACACACAUAAAAAAAC